AGAACAGACCCCAGACUUAAGCAUUAGCCCUGAGUACACAGAUAAGGAGCCAGCCUACUUGUACUAGAUCACUACAAACAUCCUUGCCGUGAGUCACUUACCAGGGCAAUAAAGCACCAGAAAACACCAAGAUAGCACUGUUUUUGCACCUCUUUCCAGUAUAGAGUUCCUUACCUAAAUGGACGAAUUCGACAGAGAGCUCGAUGAUGAGUUGGAAUUCACCCAAACCUCGUCCAAGAUCAAGGUGCACAGCACAUUUGAAGGCAUGAACCUCAAUCCUCUCCUUCUCAAGGGCAUCUACGAGUAUGGGUUCGAGACACCAUCGGCAAUCCAAUCCAGAGCUAUCAUGCAGAUCAUAUCCGGAAAGGAUGUGAUAGCACAAGCACAGUCGGGUACAGGAAAAACCGCCACCUUCUCCAUCGGAAUGCUCGAAGUAUUGGACACCAAGGUCAAGGAUUGUCAGGCGUUGGUGUUGUCACCGACCAGAGAAUUGGCGCUUCAAAUCCAACGGGUGAUUCAACAAUUGGGCAAAUUCAUGAAGAUUCAGUCAUACGGUUGUAUUGGAGGAAGUCAGAUCAACGAGGACAUCAAGAACUUAAAGAGCAUCAAGAAACAAAUCAUCAGUGGAACACCAGGAAGAAUCUUGGACUUGAUCAAGAGACGGUUUCUUUCAUUGAAGAGUUUGAAGUUGUUGAUUUUGGACGAAGCAGACGAAUUGUUGACCAAUGGAUUCAAAGAGCAGAUAUUUGAGAUUCUUAAAACAGUGAAUGCUGGGAUUCAAAUUGUGGUGGUCAGUGCUACCCUCACCAGAGAUGUGCUCGAAAUGACCAACAAAUUCACCUCCAAUCCGGUAAAGAUUUUGGUGAAGCGUGAAGAUGUUACACUUGAGGGGAUCAAGCAAUACUACAUUCAGUGUGACAAGGAAGACUGGAAGUUUGACACUUUAUGUGACUUGUACGACUCAUUGACGAUUACACAAGCAGUCAUUUUCUGUAAUACAAAGGUCAAGGUCAACUGGCUAACUGAGCAAAUGAGAAGACAAAACUUUACCGUAGUGUCCAUGCACGGAGAUAUGAAACAAGAUGAGAGAGAUGAAAUCAUGAACGAUUUCAGAAACGGUAACUCCAGAGUGUUAAUUUCUACCGAUGUGUGGGCUAGAGGUAUUGAUGUUCAGCAGGUAUCUUUGGUUAUCAAUUAUGAUUUACCCAUAGACAAGGAGAACUACAUCCACAGAAUCGGUAGAUCCGGUCGUUUUGGCAGAAAGGGUGUGGCCAUCAACUUGUUGGUGAAAGAAGACAGAAAGGAAUUGAAGGCGUUGGAGAAGUACUACACUACUAGAAUUAGAGAAAUGCCAUCCAACUUGGGUGAAUUGAUGUGAUGCAAUAAAUACUUAUCUAGUAUUAGUAUAUAAAAGCAAGGCGAAUGGAAGUUAGGAAUUUUCAC